UCUCUCUCUCUCUCUCUCUCUCUAUCCCUAGAAGAAGACCCUCUUUUUCCCCGACAAUCUCUUCCUCUCUCCAAAGAUGAUCAUGAAAUUCAAAUACUUCUUUUUCUCUUAUGAGCUUUGCUUUUCUCUGUUCACUGUCUCUUCCUUUUUCAGGGUUAAAGUUGAAACCAACAAACCCCACCUCAAUUCUCUCUCUCUCGUUCAUCACUUCCUCUUCUUCAGAUCAAUAAUGAAGUUAUUAACUUCUCCUUCAUUCUCUCCAUCCGCAACUUCCAUCUCAUUCCAAUCAAAUGUCGGCAAUACGAAACCGGCGACCAUCCGUUGCCUCGCCAGAUUCCUGCGCCGGAUGCUCUGUACCCGCAGCCUCCCCACUCACCCCUUCGAUCACGUCAUGGAAAAGCCGGAUAAUUCAGCCGAUGUUGGAACUGACUGUCCACCCCCCGACUGUGUGGACAAGGAUCCAUCUCCAGGGAUAGUGGCUAGGCUUAUGGGCUUGGAAUCUUUACCCGAAAUGAACCCAGUAAAAGCUCCCGCCUUGCUAUCUAGGAGCCGAUCGAUGAGUUCAGUGGACUACUGUUGGGUAGAAGAGUGCGAUCGUGAAGGCAAUCAGCAUAGAAGGGUCAAGACUUCUCAGUCUUUCCGCGAGACGCAGGCUUACCUUGAGCUAGAAGAUGGGGAAUUCUUCGUAUUGAGCUUCGAGGGUGGGAGCGAAAGCAAGGAAUUGUGGUCUAAACAGAGGAGAUUCAAGAAGGGGAAGACGGAUCGACGCAAAACGGAUGAGAAGAGCCCAGCAGAGAGAGAUAAUGCUGGCAACAGAUGCUGUUCCAGACCAGGAAAUGCGACGGACUUAUCGGAGGAGGCCGACAGGGUUAACAUCGUUGGUACAACGAAACCGAGGAGGAAACAUAAGGGAUGCGGUAGGAGUGAUUUGAGGAUUAAGAAGAUGGAAGCGGAGGAGUGCAGCUCGGAGGAUGCAAGUCCCGUUUCUGUUCUCGACUUUGGUGAAUGGAUCACUGAUCCUGAAGAAGCCACCACUGCUUCAGGGCUUGAGAAUGCCGAGCGAUCAGCUCCACGUGACGACGGUGACUUGAUGAAUCACCCGGAAAGGCCUGCGAAUGAAGAGAGCUCUCCCGGCCUGGGGUCAUGGAAGAAGGACUUCCAUCCUGAAAUGUGGAGCGAGGUAAGCAAAACGGCCGAGGAACAGUUGAUGGAAUCAAAUUGGGUAAACAGAAGAACCCAGGAGCAGCGCCAAGACACGGAAGCUGUAGUUGUAGAUCUCGGCUUGCAAGUUUUGGAUCAAUUGUUAGACGAACUAUUAGAUCAACUUGUAGCAAUGGUAUAACGUUCGUACUUGUAACACCGUUUAUCAUGCUCAAUUACGCAUACUCAGCAUAGACAAUAAAUAAAUGGGAUCAUGGGAGAAUCUUGGUCGACUCAU